GAUAAAAAGAGUGAGAAGCGGCAAACUGAGUAGAGUGAUCGUCUGACACUCAGUAAGAACUACGAUGAAGGCGAUUCCUUUGCUGUUGAUGGGAUGUGGAGGAGUCGGCCGCCAGCUCCUCCGCCACAUUGCCUCCUGCCGAUCCCUUCAUGCCAAACAGGGGAUUCACUUGAGAGUUGUGGGUAUCGCUGAUAGCAGAUCGUUAGUUGUUCCAUCGAAUGUGUCAACAGGAGAACUUAGUGAUGAAUUAUUGUCUGAGGUCUGCCGGCUCAAGUCCGACUCCGGUUUCUCCCUUUCAGACCUUCCGGGUUUGGGCGAAAGCCGUGCCUACCUGGGUGCUGAAUCGACAAGUAAAAUGAUGGAGAUUGCAGCUCUUCUGGGUAAAUCGACAGGUCUGGUGGUGGUAGAUUGCUCUGCCAGUUCGGAGACUGUAAACAUACUGACCCAAGUGGUUGAUCUAGGAUGUUGCAUUGUCCUAGCAAACAAGAAACCUCUUACGUCUUCACUGGAAUCUUAUGAUAAAUUGAUGUCAUUUCCUCGUCGUAUUCGCCAUGAAUCCACUGUUGGUGCUGGCCUUCCUGUCAUAGUAUCCUUGAACCGUGUAAUUUCAUCUGGAGACCCCGUGAAUCACAUAACUGGAAGUUUGAGUGGCACACUGGGAUACGUAAUGAGUGGGAUUGAAGAUGGAAAGCCACUAAGUGAAGUUGUUAAAGCAGCUAAGAGUCUAGGAUACACUGAACCAGAUCCACGUGAUGACCUCAGCGGGAUGGAUGUCGCCAGGAAGGCUUUGAUCCUUGCUCGGCUACUUGGGAGGCGGAUCACUAUGGAUAGCAUUGAAGUUGAGAGCCUUUACCCCCCUGAAAUGGGGCCUGAUGUGAUGUCUGUUGAGGAAUUCUUGAGCAAGGGCAUUGUUUUGCUUGAUAAAAAAAUUCAAGAAAGAGCUGCAAGUGCCUCCACUUUCGCAAUGGUGCUCCGAUAUGUUUGUGUGAUCGACCAAAAUAAGUGUAAAGUUGGGAUCCGAGAGGUUCCCAAGAGUUCUCCCUUGGGAAGAUUGAGAGGAAGUGACAAUCUGGUGGAGAUAUACACCCGGUGUUACAAUACAGAGCCGCUGGUCAUCCAAGGUGCUGGUGCGGGCAACGACACAACUGCAGCAGGUGUUCUUGCUGAUAUUCUCGAUGUCCAAGAUCUUAUUCCCUGAAAACAAGUUGUAUGAUCAUGUUUCAUUAGUUAGAGAACUCAUCUUUGUGUUGCUUAUCUAGAAUCUUGAAAUUUUGAGGGUUGGUAUUCAUGUAGACUAAACAUGCCAUUUUGGCCACGUUUGUUCUUCCUUGGAGGCUGAAUAUCAAUCUCUUGUUCACUUCCAUUUUCGUUUCCUGUUUUCUGUUUUCAUGUCAUAAAUUUGGCAACCGAAAUGAGAAAACUUGUUUACUUUUCAUUUUGUUUUCUAUUCGUUUCCAACUAUGAAAACAGAAAGUGGCAACCUCUUGCUGUUUUCGGAAACGACAAAAUGUUGUUUUCACCUGUUUUCAACAUCUGUUUUCUAAAAAACAGGAAACAGAAGUGAAAGUAAACAGGCCCUUAAAUAUCUUGAUUUCGAAAAUGGUUUGGGUGACAACCUGUUUUACUAAACUCCUUGUCCUUUCGUCUCGGUCAUCUAUAUGUUGUGUGAUAACUUGGUGAUUACUUGUUUAAUUUUUGUUCUUGUUCUUCAUCAACAAUUGAUGCAUAUGGAGAUCAACUUUCAAUUUGUUGUAUCGAUCACUUAGCAAGGAUACUAUUUGCUAUUUGGCUUAUUGCUAGUCAUAAGGCAAUAUGAGAGUAAUAGAUUCUAUAAUAGAUGAUAAUGAACAGAAAAUGGUACCAAUAAGACUCUUGUCAAGUU